AUGCAUGGAAUCCACCCUUUGAAAACCAACGUCGUGUUCCGGACGCCUUCUUGGAAUCGCGGCGAUGGGAGCCCGACGAGUGCAUCUAGUCCGAUCAUUCGCUGGAAUUCGCGCAACGAGGUCUUCAGACGGUUUUCAGACGAUGCGACGGAGGACGAUGUCCAAGUCACCGGAACAACAUUCACGAAAGCCGAGACGGCUUACAAGAAGGCUGUGAAGUCCUUAGAAUCCCAUCUCAACAAGGAAGAUGUGGCCACCGUCAUAUCCAAGGGCAAGAACGGCAAGGAAAUCGAUGCCAAGGAAGAGCUACAUCAGGUCGUUCGGACGAUCCAGAAGACCAAGGAAACAGAGCUAGACGAGGGAAAGACGAAGAAGCUCAUCAAGUGCUUAGACCAUUACCAGGGCGUUUUCGAUAUUUUAUCGCAGGCAGAGUUCUCGGGCUUGCCGCUGAUCUGGGGUGGUCUGAAAUUCAUACUCCUAGUGACGAAGAACAGCAACGAAGUCCUCCCCAAGGUAGUCGAUGUGAUGAUUGAUAUUGGCCGGAAUCUUGAGAGGAUACGAGGAUAUGCGGCCUUAUACCCAACUCCACGGAUGCUAGAGUUCACGAGCGAACUCUACGCUGCCAUUGUGGAGUUCCUCGAGAAGGUUAUCAAGGAUGCGAAGAACGCAGAGAAAAAUAUUCUCAGUGAGAGAUUCCAGGCCGGGCAUGGUUGGCAGACCGCUAACGAGUGUGCAGAGCGCACGAUGGCGGCUUUCCUCCAACCUUUCGAGGUUCGGUACGGCGACCUACUUUCCAAGAUGAAGAACACCCUCAUGCACAUCCGCGAGGACGCAGAGCUGUGCCUACACGUACGGCAGGCCUUGACGAGCCAUGCGAUAGACAGAUACCGGACGGUGUUGCCGCUGCAACGACAUCAGAUGCAUCAAGCCUUCAAGUCAAUCUCCGAGAACCCGACAGCAGACCUGUUCCAGGCGAUACGGAAGAACCUGUUUAAAAAGUUCGAGGUCGAAGCCGGAUUUCACCAGGAACUGCAAGCCACGUACGAGGUCACAACGUCAAAGGAAUGGAUCGAGUGGUUCCGGAUGGAGCAGAAAUAUGUGCCGUCGGGAUACUCCCACCAGACGAGAGUCAUACAGGCGGAGUGCGAUGCCCCGGAUCCCCAGCACGCGCUGGUCUGGAAGAAACAGCAGCGCAAUUUUGCAUCCCACGUGCCAUCGGCAUAUCUGAUCUGGACGCGCGGGAUGACGGCGCAGUCGGCCAUCGCCUCGCUCGUAGACCAGAUACUGGUCCAAAAGACGGAAGUCAUGGCCGACGCGGGCAUCGAGAUGGACCAGUUCAAGGAGGCCAACAACAGCGUCAAGUCGCUGUGGAACUUCUUCCUCUAUCUGACGACGGUCCUUGGCGGCUGCAUGGUUUACAUUACCAUCGGUUCCGUGGGCGACCACGAGUUCGGCAUCGUGAGGAAGUUUGUCAGCAUGGCCAAGACGUGGAAGGGCCCGCCCAUCAACGUGACGCUGAUCCAUCCGUUCAACGACAAUUUUGCGCGGACGGACGAUGUCGUCAACCUCGAUGACAAGUACGACGUCCACCCUUCGCUCACGACGACGGACGCAAUGCAUCACGUGCUGCUGUUGGAGAUCAACACAACAAGAAAGGUCUCGGACACGAUACAGAACCUCCUAUGGGAGACGGCGUGGCGAGAGGUGCGAUACGCCGUCAUCGGCAUCGCGCUGACGCAGGUAUUUGAGCAGAUACGGUCCGCCGCGACGAGGGCUGCCCAAGGGGCGCCCCGGAGGGAGAAGUCCUUCGGCGAGACCGAUUCCGAGCACUGGGAAGCCGCAGUGGCGAAAUGGAUUUCCAACGAGUCGUGGAUCAACAUCUUGCGGGAGCAGAUUCAACGACACAUCGAUAUAGUCGAUAUUCACCUGCCCCCUGAUAGGAAGGAGCAUCUGGAAAGCAGGUUGGGGCUGUUGGUGCUCGCCGAAGACGGCGAGUUUGGCUCGAAGCUAUCGGAAGCACAACGGGCUUACAUAUGGGCGAACCUUCAAGAAGCGAUCCGGCCCGGCACGGGCGAGAUGUUUUGUAGCAAAGUAGACGAGCUCCUGCGAGCGUUGCUGGAAGACUACCGCGACGCCAACUCAGGAAAGGAGGGAGAGGCGGAGGGAUUGUCUUACCCCCUCGUCAACGCGUAUUUCGGGAAGAGCGGGCGGUGGAGGGACACAUUCUCCGAGGAGCAAAAUUUGGUGGCGGACGGGAUCACGACUGCAAUUGAGGUUGGUUUUCGGGAUUUGAUCCAGGCGCUGGCAUCGCAGGGAGAUUCGGCAUAA